GGAGGCAGGACUUUCUGGCUCUGCGGUGCGCUCUGACACCACAGGUCCGCUUUAAUACGAGAGAGGGAGGAGAGGAGGCCGGUUUACUCUGCUCAGAGAGAGAGAGAGAGAGAGAGAGAGAGAGAGUGUGUGUGCAGUCCACCGCUGCGUCCCGGACAGUCUGCAUCGAGCAUCCAUGCGCCACACGGAAUCAGAGCGCAGAUUCUCUACUCCUGGAAGAACUUCACAAACUGAGAGGAUUCAGAGUUUUAACAUUUAGCUCUAGAAGUCAGCGGGGUUUGUUUUCCUGUUCUGCCGGAUCGGAGCGGAGUCCCUCCUCAAACCUCAGAACCAUCCUGUGCUCCUGUCCGGAUCCUCUCCUGUGCAGGAUGAGGGACUGAAUCAAUGUUUGACUUUCACCCCGGCGCUCCUGACAUGAGCAGCCGCGCAGUCUGCAGCCUCUAGGCGCGUCUUUGUCAUUUUAAUGCCGCUGUGAUCUCUGCCUGAUUGUCGCUUUGCAUUUCAGCGCAAGCGAUCAAUCUGAAGAGUUGUUUCUCUUCUGGCUGGAAUUUAAACACGAGGAACUCUUGAGCGUGGAUCUUAUUGGAUUGUUUGUAUUUAUUUUUCCUUCAUUGUCGCCGGACUCCGAGCCUUUCUCCUGAGGAUGUUGCUCCGCUGCUCGAGCCCUCCCUCCUGGUCCACCUGUAGGUUUUUCUUCUGCUUUCUGCUGCUGCUCCUGACGCCCCGGUCCUCCUCUCCGUUAAUUACAGGUACGGAGGCGAGCUGUGAGAACGAGGGCGAGGUCCUCCACAUCCCCAACAUCACCGACAACCCGUGCAUCACCUGCGUGUGUCUGGAGGGGAAGGCCGACUGUAAACAGGAGAAAUGUCCUCUGGUCUCAGACGACUGUGCUCUGGUGGUGAAACAGACCGGAGCCUGCUGCGAGAGGUGCAAAGGCUGCAUGUUGGACGGACGAUCUUACAACAGCUCAGUGUCCUGGACCAGCUCCACCAAACCCUGCAUGAACAGACGCUGUCAGGAAGGUGUCAUCACAGAGUCGGAGGUCCAAUGUGUCGUCCACUGCAGGAACCCCAAAAUCCACCCCAAGAAGUGCUGCCCCACCUGCCCCACUUGCAUCUUUGAGGGUCGACUGUAUAAAGAGAGGGAGGAGUUCAGUCCGGAGGGACAACCCUGCAUCAAAUGUACCUGCACUGGAGGGCGGACCCUUUGCAAGAGGGAGGUGUGUCCUGUCCUGUCAUGCCCCGCCCACCUCAGCCACACCCCGUCUGGACAGUGCUGCCCCAGAUGUCUUGGUCAGAGGAAGGUGUUUGAUCUGUCGUUAGGAAGCUGUCUGUUCCACAGUGACGUCUACGAGAACGGCAAUUCCUUCAUUCACGACAACUGCACCACCUGCACCUGCAAGGACUCCACAGUGGUCUGCAGGAGGCGUUGCUCUCGGCCGGGGAGUUGCCACGGCGACCUCUGCUGCCCCGAGUGUCUGUCCUACGUGAAGGUGGAGGAGGUGAAGUACUGCAGAGUCCGGAACAAGAUCUACAGGGAAGGAGACAUGUGGUCGUCCCUUAACUGCACGCUCUGCGCCUGUGUCAGAGGAAGCAUCGAGUGUCGACCCAAACAGUGUGUACCAAUCACCAGCUGCCCCUCGAAUAAGAUCCUGAACAGGACGGGCUGCUGUCCUGUCUGCACUGAAAAGCCGGGCGUAUGCACAGUUUUUGGAGACCCUCACUACAACACGUUCGACGGCAGGACCUUUAACUUUCAGGGGACCUGUCAGUACGUACUGACUCGGGAUUGUGGCGGCGCCCCCUCUGGAGGACCAGGAAAUAACAUCAACAGCCAAGACUCCAGCUUCAUGGUGUUGGUGAAGAACGACGCCCGGCGCACUCGCUCCUUCUCCUGGACUCAGUCUGUAGAGAUCCGGCUGGGCGCUCUGGUCCUCAGUCUCCAUCAGCACCUGACGGUCCGGAGGAACGGCACCCGCAUCGCCCUGCCCUACCACGGCCCCGGCGUGCACAUCGACCUGGACGGAUACCUGCUCAAACUCACCACCAUCGCAGGUCUGGAGAUCACGUGGGACGGCGACAGUUUCGUGGAGGUCGUGGCCGCUCCUCACCUGCGUGGACGCCUCUGCGGCCUUUGUGGAAACUACAACGGCCACAAACGCGACGACACCAUGGGAGGGGACGGUCAGUUCAAGUUCGACGUGGACGAGUUUGCCGAGUCGUGGCGGGUGGAGGGGAACGAGGUUUGCUCGCAGCAGCACCUGCCUCGCAGACCCGCUUCCUUCCUGUGCCCCGGCAGCGUGAAAGUCAAAUUCCGCGCUCACAGAGAGUGUCAGAAGAUAAAGUCCUGGGAGUUUCAGAAGUGUCACCGUGUGGUCGACUUCGCUCCUUUUUACAGGUCGUGUGUGACGGACAUGUGUGAGUGUCCCGUCCAUAAAAACUGUUACUGUGAGUCGUUCAUCGCCUACAGUCGAGCCUGUGAGAGGGAAGGCGUCCCCGUCGUCUGGAGGCCCGACACCGCCUGCAUGGCCACCCAGUGUAAACACGGCGCCGUGUACGACACCUGCGGGCCGGGCUGCACCAAAACCUGCGACAACUGGAACGAGAUCGGGCCGUGUCACAAACCCUGCGUGGCGGGCUGCCACUGCCCCGCCAACCUGGUGCUGUUUCAGGGACGCUGCAUCAAACCCACAUCCUGCCCGGGACGGUGACCCCUGUGAUCCUGGUGGGCGGGGGGAGGGGGGGGGGGUGAUUGACGGUUAGGUAUCAGAUUUAAGGGGCCAAACGAGUCCAGAAGACUUUGGGGGUCUCACAGUGAGAGAUCAGAUAUGAAGAGGUACUCAGGGUCUGAAUCUUCACGAGGGAACGCUGCAGCGACUUCACAGAGUGGAGAGGGGCGGCGGAGCCUCGCCUCUACCAAUCACCAUCACCAGGGGGCGUAAAUCAAUCUUAAAUAGGAAGAGCUGAACUCCAAAGAGGAAACUCUAGAGCUCUUUUUUCUGAGGUGUUUCAGCCUCCACCACCUGAAGACGAUCGUUCACUUUACCAUGAACUUUCAGGAAUCUACACGGGCAACUGGACUCCCGUUUGAGCCAAAAUGGCGCCCACAUUUCUCUGAAAAAACACUCUGAAGUGGGAAACUGAGCUCCUGCUUUUGGAAUAAAGUGACCUCUGUUCCCUCGUUGCAGUCUGUAAGCUAGCCAGAUUUAUAUGAAAGACAGCUUUUGUAUGAUUAUUGUUCUAAUUAUUAUUAUUAAUAUUAUUAUUUGUUGUUGAUGUUAAUUUAUAUAUCGGUCGAAUGAUGUCGUUAUAAAUGAUUGAAAGGGAAACUAAAGAUAUUUAUGUGCUCGCCGUGUCGCUGUUUGAAGAGAAAUGUGACUGUGUGGAUAAAGUACUGUAUCGUGUUCUGUA